CUCCUAUUUUUUCCUCUAGAUGAAUACUUCUGCAUUAAAGUUAUCUGUGGCCUUCGGGAUUUUAAGUGUAAUUUGUAGUUCUGGAGCCUCUACACAGAACACUUCUGGGCCUUUGGUUCGAACCCAAUACGGCCCUGUUCAAGGGUCCUACAUGACCUCAAGAAGUGGCAAAAAAAUUCGCAGUUUUAGGAGUAUUCCUUAUGCCCAACCACCAGUCGGGGACCUACGGUUUAAGCCGCCUGCACCAGCAAAUCCGUGGACAUCUACAUUAAAUGCAACAGAAAAUCCACCACAAUGUGUACAAAAAAAUUAUUUUCUACCAAAUCCAAAAGUCGAAGGACAAGAAGACUGUUUAUACUUGAAUGUUUAUACCCCAGAGAUUCAUAGAAAAUCUUCUCCGAUACCAGUGAUGGUAUUUUUACACGGUGGAGGAUGGUUUACUGGAUCAUCAAGUUCUGAUCUUUAUGGCCCAGAAUAUUUAUUAGACGGUGGAGUGAUAUUGGUGACCCUUAAUUAUCGUCUUGGAGCUUUAGGUUUUUUGUCGACCGGUUCCGAUGAAGCACCAGGAAAUUGGGGUCUGAAAGACCAACAAUUCGCACUGAAAUGGGUUAAGGAAAAUAUUGCCAGUUUUGGGGGCGAUCCUGAUAAUGUCACACUUUUUGGACAAAGUGCAGGGGCUGGUGCUGCACAUUUGCAUGCUGUGACACCAUCAUCAAAAGGUUUAUUCCAUCGUAUAAUUUGCAUGAGUGGCGUGUCUCUGGGCCCUUGGGCAACACCAUUCGGGGACGAAUUAGACAGAACACGUAAACACGCUUUUUAUCUUGGUGCCAAAAAAGAAGACAUCGAUAAAUGGACUAACCAGGAAUUGGUAGACUUUUUGAGGUCACAGGAUGCAGCAGAUAUUACUGAAGCCGAAACCAAACUCAGGGUUUGGGCUGUAGAUCCUCUAACAACCUACAGACCAGUGGUAGAAAAAUUGACACCAGGUAACCCCAACCCUUUUAUAACAGAUACUCCCUUGGAAUUAACCAGGGCAGCUGGUGCCAAUGUUGUUCCCAUGAUGAUGGGAGUUGCUACUCAUGAAGGAAUUGUACGAGCAGGAGAUAUCUACACAAACAAAACUCUGAUGGAUGAUUUUAACAAAAGAAUCGAUGUCUUGGGUCCAUUUAUUUUGGAAUUGAGAGAAGACAAACCAGCGUGGAAAGAUAUCAAAGAAUUUUACUUUGGAAGUAGUGGACAAGUUAAUGAAGAUACUUUGCAAGAAUUCAUAAAUUUAAUUUCGGACAGAGCUUUCUUCCACAGUACAUCGAAGGCCAUAAGAAUGCAUUCUUAUGCAGGAGCAAAGAGCAGUCCUCCUCCAAUUUAUUUGUACAAUUUUGACUACGAAGGAUUGUUCAGUUUUGCUCCAAUUUAUGCACACACCACUGAAAUUAAAGGUGCAACACAUUCCGAUGACACUGUCUACGUAUUCCGAAUGCCUGGAAUAUUUCCAGAUUGGCCAGAAUCUCAUCCAGAUAUUGUCAUGAGCAAACUUAUGGUCAAUAUUUUCACAAAUUUUGCUAAACAUGGCAAUCCAACUCCUUCAAACAUUUCCCUAGCCUGGAGCCCAGCCUUGAGCAAAGACAACCUAAAUUCGAUCAGAAAACAACGUUUAACAUAUUUGGACAUCACAAAACACAAAGGUGGCAAAGGAUUAAUAGAUUUAAAAGUCCUUGCAGGAUUUUAUACAAGUCGAAUGAAUUUUUGGGACUCUUUAUCCUUGUUGGAGAAUAAAUAUGGAGUGUGAUCAAAAUAAGCGUGAUAUUAGAAAUAAUCAAAUAUUAUUGGAAGCUAAUGGAUAAAAAAAAUAUUUUAAUGG